UCUUGCUCCAUUGAAAACCCUAGUUUCCGAAAUCUCGCUUCAGAGUCUCUGGUUCUGCCUCUGCCGAGAUCUCCCUCCUCCCAGUCUCUUACUCUCUUGCCCGCGAUAGGAUUACUGUGCGGAGGCAACAAUGGUGAGGAUCAGCGUCCUGAACGAUGCUCUUAAGAGCAUGUACAACGCGGAGAAGCGAGGGAAGCGUCAAGUCAUGAUCAGACCUUCUUCCAAAGUUAUUAUCAAGUUCCUCAUUGUGAUGCAGAAGCACGGUUACAUCGGCGAGUUUGAAUACGUCGAUGACCACAGAGCCGGGAAGAUUGUUGUUGAGCUAAAUGGAAGGCUUAACAAGUGCGGUGUUAUCAGUCCCCGUUUCGAUGUGGGAGUGAAAGAAAUUGAAGGAUGGACUGCCAGAUUACUUCCAUCAAGACAGUUUGGAUACAUCGUCUUGACAACCUCAGCAGGCAUCAUGGAUCACGAAGAGGCUAGGAGGAAAAAUGUAGGUGGUAAAGUGCUGGGUUUCUUCUACUAGGCUUUUAUCACGUCUCCUCAUAGAAUCAAGAUUUUUUUUCCUUGUUUUCUGGCUGAGUUUUGUAAUGUGUUUCGGAUCUUGUUCGUUAUAGAUUCAUUUUGAUGCUUUUGUUUCAACUCGUUUAAAACAUGCUUGUUUUUCACUUGGGCCAAGAAAAUUAUGUCAAGGAGUUAAUGAUUGACCUUGUCAGCUU